CUGAAGUCGGUCCACUUACACGCGCCAAUCGAAGACGCUGUACGCGCCCAGAUCGAUUCCUGCGAAGACCUCCUAUCCGCUGUUGAUUCUCUUGUGUCCCAGCACGACUUCAUGGAGAAGCUGAUGGCAGUUUUGGCUCAGUCUCAGGCAGUGGUCGACCAACCGGCACGCGUGCCUCGAGAUGCGCAUUUCACAGACUAUCAAGCACGUAUGUUGCGACUUGCCCGACACAUGGAGCAACAAACACAAUCAGCCCUUAUUGUCUCCAGGCGAGCGGAUGCCACCGCUGAGCUGCCACCGGUCGUGAACAAUCUUGCUCAGGAUUACGCGGAGCUAUGUCUGGUGUGUCGCGACGCCAGUGAGACCCUGCCGGACGGCCGGCAGUCGGACCAGUUGAGGUCGGCUGUGAAGAAUGUGGGUAAUGCAACGCGGGCUCUCAUCCAGUCGGCUACCACCGGC